AUUGCUAUACGCUCAUUCCCAUCAUUGAAGCACAACGCACGAAGAAAUAAGCUCCCCAGACGAUCACCAUUCACGAUCGUCAUCACCGAGUGAUUGAGAAUCAGUGUGCAGUGAUUUUGAUCGCGAUUGAAACUCAAAUGAAUGUCAGUUUCUGAAUGGACGAAUAACCACCCAAGUGACAAUCAUCAUUGCGACGAACCUAAAACUAGUUCUCCAAUCAUCUGAGUAAUCCGUCCGGAGUUGGUGUUGGUUGCGAUGAAUGUGUGAAACGCAACCGAGAGAUCGUCGAAAACGUGUUUUGUAUCGUUUCGGAAGUGAGUGAGCGAGUGAGUGAGUGACUCGCAGCGCACGGCCUGCUUGAAUGGUGGUCGGUUCGCUCGCUCCGAACCAGUCAGUCAGUGCUCACAACGCUGCUGCUUCACAACAACACAACACAUCACUCUACUAGCCCGGCUGUCCUACACGUUCUGGCCAUUCGCGCGAGCUCCAACACCAUUCAAAGCAGAAGAAACUGGUCGCAGCCGAUAUUUCGCGAACGAACAAAAAAAAAUAGAAACGAAUAAUUUUGGACGGACGCGCGGGAGCGAAGAGACUCGAAAACGCGCUCGCCUCCUUUGAUUUUUUUGGUGUGACCGUGUGUUUAUUGGCGGUGUGGUGCACUUGCGCAAUAGGUGUCGCGUCUCGCGCUCGUCGAUUCACAUAUGUGUGAUAAAAUUUGAAGCCCAUACGCACGGGAAGAAAGAGUGGAAAAAAGUGGUGAAAAAGAGAUAGAGUGAGAGCAAGAGUUGAUGGUGGCCUCCUGAGCAAAAAGUGGUGGAUUUUUGUGUGAUUUCGUAGUUGGCCGUGGAAGAAUUCUGUCCCCCCUCGAAACGCCUGCUGUGGUUGAGCUCAGCAAGGAAAAAAAGUGCGCUAACCAGGGGUUUAACUUUGCGAUUUGGUUGCGUUUGCCGUGGUUCCAAAGGUGAUCGAGCGUGCUGCCGCCGGAAAUGGUGAUCAAGUGAGUGCGAAAUCGAUGCAGUUUGAAACAGUUUGUGCGAGAUUCAGUUUGCAGUGAAAUCAAUUUUCGCUCGCGCAGCAGUGUGCCCUGCUCGGGAAUUUGUCAAACGGGCCUGCCAAACGUCAAAGUAGAAAAGUGAGAGUCGGGGCUGACAAAACCUUUGAGCUGACCAUCAUCCAAGAAGGCGCGUGAGAGCAGAAAGGAGCGAGAGCCUCCUCGAAUCUCGUCGUCGCGGUCGUGAGUGAGAUUGUAGGGAGUUGAAUUGGUGAAAUUGCCAUCAGAGAGAGAGGAAAGAGAGGGCGCACACGCAUCGGUGGUGUGUCGAACAACAGUGAGAGUGUGGUGACCGUCGUCGCAGUUCUCGUUUCUAUCGCGUUCCGAUAGGCCCUCAAACGAUAGCCAACAAGACCAUCAGUGGGCCACAUAGUCCCCCCGGUUUGAAAGAAGAGAAAGUCCCAGUGCCUGCGCUACAGUGGCUCUACAGGAGCAGCAACCUUCGGUCCAAAACAUAGCGACCCUUCAACCCGCAGAGUGGUUUUAUUUCGCCUCGCACCAGAGUCCCCCAAAAGCCGCCAAAGUGUAUUCCCACGUAGAUUGUCUCCAAAACAUGGCCGCUGAUGCCGCGAUGGAUACGACCUGUCCCAGUCCCGAGCUAGGGGAUUCCCGGAAGCGGCCCCUCGACGACGGAACCGACGAUGGCACAUCCAAACGCUCACACUUCAGCACCAACGCAACGGGAACGACCAACACAACCACUACCACCAAUGGCGGCAGUGUGGCCGGCGUCCCCGGCGGCGACAACUUCCACUUCAAGACGCUGGUCCCGUCGGUCGCGGCCGGAGCCAUCAUCGGCAAGGGCGGCGAAACGAUUGCCUCGCUCCAGAAGGAUGCCGGCGCCCGAGUGAAGAUGUCCAAGGCACAUGACUUCUACCCAGGAACAUCCGAACGAGUCUGUCUCAUUAGCGGCACAGUCGAUGGUAUAUUGACUGUGCUCGAUUUUAUCAUUGAUAAGAUUCGCGAGAAGCCCGACAUGACCAAAGCUCUGACGGAUGCGGACGCCAAACAGGCGGCCGACCGUGACAAGCAGGUCAAGGUGCUAGUGCCCAACUCGACGGCCGGCAUGAUCAUCGGCAAGGCCGGUGCCUACAUCAAACAGAUCAAGGAGGAAUCGGGCUCCUACGUGCAAAUCUCGCAGAAACCGAAAGAGCUCACCCUCCAGGAGCGGUGCAUUACCAUCAUCGGCGAGAAGGAGAACAAUAAGAUCGCAUGCAAGAUGAUCCUGCAGAAGAUUGUCGAAGAUCCCUCAUCCGGCUCAUGCUUGAACGUAUCAUAUGCAGACAUCAACGGACCGGUGGCCAAUUUCAACCCCACUGGUUCGCCAUUUGCCGCCUCACAGAAUCCCACUUUCAGCUCCAGUACCGCAUCAUUAAACUCCGCACUGGGCGGCGCACUGCCCGGGGCUUCCGCGGCCGGUUUACUGGUCAACGGCACCGGACUGAAUCUGUCAUUAAAUCUAGGUGCACCUUCACCACAAACUAAUCCUACAGUUACCACACAAUUGCUUGAACAUAUUAAGGGUGCCAUGAGACAGUCCGGUUACUCCGACACGGCUACCACUGAAGUCCACGCAGCGCUGGCAGUUCUGGCCAAAUACGGUGUGCUGGGCAUCGGCGUCGGGCUUCAAAAUGGAACCCACACGACGCCACUGAGCUUCCUGGGUGUGCCCGAGCUGCAGCAGACGACGGCAGCGGCGGCAGCAGCCACGGCCGCUACAGGCGUGUACGGCGCCGUCGGCCAACUGAAUCUGGAUUCGUACUUGCACGGUGCCGGCACCGCGACGCCCCGUACCUCGAUCGAACGCUACGACGCUACCUUUGAUCCGUUCCGGCAUCCGGGCACGCAGGCGGCCACUCCGAUCUCGAUCAACAACAAUGCCUUCGGACUGACCAGCGCUACGGCGCUGAAUGCGGCGGCCGCGCAAACGCUGGGAUCGCUCAGCAAGAGCCCCACGCCAGCCGAGAUGACCACCAGCAAGGAGAAGAACGUCGAAAUCCCCGAAGUGAUCGUCGGCGCCAUUCUAGGUCCGGCCGGCCGUAGCCUAGUCGAGAUCCAGCACCUGUCGGGGGCGAAUAUCCAGAUCUCCAAGAAGGGAAUCUUCGCGCCGGGCACCCGGAAUCGCAUCGUCACCAUUACCGGUGCGCCGAACGCCAUCAACGUUGCUCACUACCUGAUCGAGCAGCGAAUCCAGGAGGAGGAAGCGAAACGGGCCUGCCAAACGACCACGGCAGCAGCGGCGGCCGCAGCCGGAAAGCCCACUGCCGCCACGGUGGCCGCUGUCACGCAGUAAACGACAAGCAUACACAACACGUCACCCAUUAUCAGCAAAUACAACACACACAUACAUACAUAGUGCAUGAGAAAAGCAGACACACACACAAAUCAUUCACACAUUUAAAGGAAAGGGAAAAUCUGUGAAGCGGGAUGCAAAACAAUGCGAAACCUAAAGUAAUGGGAUUUAGGAGCAAAGCGAAACAGAAAGAGGAUAUAAUAAUUAUUAAUUAAAGUAAUUGUUAUUUUAGUAGGUAAAUUGAAAAUGAAUAACAGACAAAAGUUUUAACUUGAGUUGAUAAACACAGAUCUAUAGCAAAACAAAAACAAAAUAUAAUACAAAAGGUGGAAUAACUUGAAGGCGCUUCCCCACACAUAGAACACACGAGGAAGUGAGAAAAGCAAAAAAAUGCAAAAUUAAAUGAUAGAUAAGUGAGAAAUCAUAUAAAAUAGUUACAAAACAAAGAAGCGAUAAACAGACAAACAUAUACAUACACACGAACACAAACACGCCAACAAAUCUAGUGAAAUUUCACCAACACACACACACACAUAAACACCCCAAAAAAAACAGGUUACUUCGACUAGUGAUCGCUGUGUUACCAUAAAUCGUACUACACCGUAGUUUUUUUGUUUUCGUUUCCAUGGCAACCCCCUUGGGUUGCUUAGCUCUUAGCGCACUUUGAACGCGAUCACCGCGAGAGUUCUGUUUUUCUAAUUUCUAUUCUCUCACUUGAGUUUUUUUUUACUCAUAUUUCUAUAUCUGUUUCUAUCUGUCGUGUAUAGUUUAAGCGAAGAGAUGUUUUUAAGUUUUUUCUUUAUAUAUUCAUAUAUUUUAUAUACAGAUUUUUUUUUCCUCUAGGAUUUAUCUUGAAAAGGAAGAAAAGCGUAACGAACGGGCCAGGCCUAAAGAUUUGUUUUUAGCUGUUAGCGUGGAAGAAGGUGGGGAAAAGCGGAGGAAGGUUAAUAAUAGAAAUUUCUUUCUCGGAAAAUAGCAUAGCGGUCGAUUGAUUUCUGGUGUCAACUCUCUUGCGGGUAGGACUAAUAUUAAGAAGAGUUAUGUAGGAAAAACAGUAGAACACGACUAAAGCUAAACGCGUGCGCACCUGUAAAAAAGUAUGUAUGUAUACAUUUUAUGUAUGUAUUAGUGGGAACGGCCGAGAGCCGCAUUCUUAGUUUCGUUCGUUUCUGUUUUGCCAUUUGUUUACAUACAACUACACUCAUAAACAAUACACACACACAUACACAAGAAAUGGCGACGAAAAUUUUAUGUUGUUAGGACAGAUGUGAAGAAAUUUAAUCACUGUUGAAUGUUAGACCAAUGCAUACCUAAAUACACACACACGAACACUGUUCACACAGAGAAACACACACACGCACGUCGUACAGCCGGAUUCAAAUUACCAAUACCAACGCGCGGGGAAGUGCAUAUAAAACUAAUAAUAUAUAGCAGGCGGUGGGAGAACGAAGCCAAUCGGAGAUACUACUGUGUAUGUUGCAAACAAAGAAGUCAUAUAAAUAGGAUUGUAGGAAAUUAUUUAGGUAAUCGCAAGCAGAUGAAGAAGAGAAGGGUAAAGUUUAACCAUAUUUUUUACUAGUUAGCCGAUAGAGUUUAGUUUAGCGCAGUGGUAUUUUUGCGGAAAAGAAUUUUAAAUUCUUCGUUCUCUUGUUUAACUUUCCUUAACAAAUCUUUACACCCUUGACAACGAGUCAAUUAUUACCAACUUGUUUCCGUUGUUUUCUACCAUUAUGUUAAUCCACUAUUAGGAAAUGGGAAGGAUCUUUCUCAUAAGAAAUAUAUAUUAUACGGAACAUGUGCAAAAGCUGUUGUAACUUCAAACUUUUGUUUUGCGCCGUCAUUCUGCGGAUAGCAAAGUGUAGCACACUGCGAUCAGAUCGUAGUAGGCCGCCUACGACUGCUGUCUAUGCUUCCGCUCUGCGCCUUGACAGCCGGCCCGAAGUCAGUAAUAAAAGCGUUAUAAAACUUGUUUUCCAAUUGUAGUAAGCUUACCAGCUCAGAUGCAAUCUGUUAAUGUUAAAACCAAAAAGACGUUUUCUCCUUUUAACUUAAAACAAACACAUGUUACUACUAUUCCUAGUUUACGACUACACAUACGCGCAUUCACACUCCCACACAAUUCGUGAUCUUUAGAAGAAACGGAAACACCACAAAAUGCAGUGUCAUCACACUUUUUUUUUGUUUCCUUCGAACGUUCAGUUUACGUUUACCUUUCCAUUUCGUUGAAGAGCAUAGCUACGAGUUAUUUAUAACCUUCUUGUUUUUACAUCACCAUAUGAACAAAAACCACACGCUCACACCUACAUUAAACAUGCACGUACCGUUAUACAUUGUUUUAAACGUUUUCCUGUUGAUUCAGAUAGACACACACAUACAUAAAAAACCAUCUAAACAGAAGAAAAAUAUUUAUAGCCAAUUUAUCUUAAAGAAAAAAAAACAAAUUAUAAAUCCAGAAAAGAAAAACCUAGUUUUUAGUUAACACGCCGAGAAGAAAAACGAGAAAAAAAAAGUUACAAGUUUGACGUAUGAGGAAAAACGAAGGCGAACCACUAGUGAUAUGUAGGAAACGAAAAUUACUAAAUCAAAAAAAAAUGAAGAAGUAGCUGAAGAACCACAAGGAAGGGGGAUCGAGCAAACUUGUAAAGUUGAUACUAGAAAGAACGGUAACAAAAAACAUAGUCCCCGGCUCUACAUUCUACCAUUUAUAAUGAUUAAUAUAUUCGUACGUUUAAAAACAAACAAAAAAAGGAAACACUAAAACUUCAAACCGGUUCUUUCUUUUCUUUGUUGCACGCACGCGAAGAAGAUUUGUGAACGCGCUAA